AUGUGUGCCGUCAGCUAUCAGACGCCAUACGAGGUAUCCCUGUCACUGCCGCGGACAUCCGACGUGCUACUGAACAGGAUCCUGUCCUCCGUCAGGCCAUCACCUACGUGCAGACCUGCUGGCCAAUCACUGCUCUCGUUGGUGAUCUUCGACAGCUCUUUCUCCGCCGAGCAUCGCUACCUGUCGUUGACUCCUGCCUCAUGUUUGCGGACCGUCUGUUGAUUCCAUCUUCCCUCCGACCCACUGUACUACGCCAGUUCCAUGCCGCUCAUCCUGAUGCCAGCCGAAUAAAAACAAUUGCAAGCAGUUUAGCUUACUGGCUGGGUAUCGACGGCGACAUCGACGACCUGAUUCGACGCUGUUCUCGAUGUCAGCAAACUGUCAAGAUGCCGCCUCGUCAACCUCCAAUACCCUGGCAACCUCCGGAGAGGAUUUGGUCACGCGUGCACAUUGACUUCACUGGCCCACUUAACGGAGUCUCCUACCUAAUUUUGGUUAAAGCUUCUCGAAGUGGCCCGAGAUUGCUCCGCUGAAUCCAGCAACCGCAUCUGCUACUAUUGCCUUCCUACGACGCAUCUUUAGCCAACAUGGCUUACCGGAAGUCCUGGUUUCAGACAAUGGCUCUCAGCUUACUUCAUCGACAUUUGAGGAGUUCUGCCGUCAGCACAACAUCCAGCAUCUUCGCUCCCCGCCCUACCAUCCUCAGUCUAACGGUCGGGCGGAGCGUUUUGUCGACACGUUUAAGAGAGCCCUCUUGAAAGCUCGUGGGGAGGGGACCACGAACGAGAUAGUCCAGGCAUUCCUGUUUUCCUACAGGACAACACCGAACCCGGCGUACCCUGGUGGCGUUUCUCCUGCCGAAGCGUUGAUGGGCCGAAAACUGCGUACAACGUUACAUGCCCUCGUUCCUACCAGUGCGCAGCCGGCGCAGACUUCUAAAGUCUCUCGCAGCAAGCUCUCCAUCGGACCACCUGUCUUCGUUCGUGAUUAUCGAGCGGAGUUUCCAGAUUGGAUUGAAGCAACCGUAGUAGCGCACAGAGGCCGUAUGUUGUUUGACGUCGACGUUGGUGAUGACAUCUGGGUUCGUCAUCACAACCAGAUCCGACGGCGACAUUGCAAUAACACAACUGGGCUCGAGUCGGCGCCGUCACUCCCCCUUGACAUCCUACUGGAUAUCUUCGCCAUUCCGGCAGAUCGGUCGGUCCCCGAGCCCACUGCUGCGCCUCCUUCGGAUGUACCGCCUUCGGUAUCAGUCACUGCCCCCGGGUCUCCAGACAACAAACCACGACUAAGACGCCGGACCAACCGCGUGCGCCGAUCAACACUGCCGAUGCAGAUCAAUCCACGCCAAAAGCGGUACUGA